GUAUUAUUACCUCAGAACCGUCUGGGACAGGGGAGGUUGGUUUAUUUUUCAAACCUUUGUUACUUGUACACUAUUUGCUCCUGACCAGGUCAAGGAGGACCUUUUGAGGACAGAGGUCAUCGUCCAGUUGAUGUCAUGAAAGACUAAAAGGAGCUUGGCAUUUCUGGGGAGAAACCAUGGAAUGCCAAUGCAACUUGCCAAAUUUACAACUCUAAUUUUAUCAGCCAACCAAUCCUCAGCAAUCUUCUGCAUUAAGAAAACUAGAUUUUUGUUAAGAGUGAAAGCAAGUCCAGCACCCUACACAAGCAACUAUACAGGCGUAAAAGCAACUGGAGUUUAAGAAGCCCACUAAACACACCAAAUCUGCAUUUCACAUUCCUAUUAUGGGAGAUCUUAAAAAAAUUCUUGAAAGAGGAGAAUAUAUUCCCUUGAGAUCUGCUCCUGUGUUUGAAAGCAAUUUUGUUCAGGUGAAUAGAAGGGGUGAAUCAAUUUACCUUCACAAUCGCCCCAACUAUGUGACCAUGGGCAUUUGUGCCUCCAGCUCAAGCCAGUCAUUGCCAAAUGUAAUGGUGCUUGCACAUGCAGCUUCUUCGUCCUCCCAGGAAGCCAUUUCAGCACGCCCAGCAAGUAGAAGGCAAUCAAAUUCUGAAGAUGAACUAGUGCUCACCAGGUUCUUACCCUUGAAGUUUGUAGACGUUACUGUUCACAAUGCUAAGAAAAGACGCAUCAAACUGAAGCUGGUGAGUGGCCGUGCCUACUACCUAGAACUCUGUGAGCCACUACAGAAACAGCCCCAGCUCUUCCGACAGUGGGUGCGGCUCAUCAGUCUACUGAAAUCUAAAUAUAAAACUUCUUCAGUCAAUACCCUAUAUAAAGAUUUUAAGACUCAGGAGGAAAACAGAGCCACAACAAGCAAGGCACUACAAGGAUACAAUCAAGCAGAAACUCCCACAAAACCACAAACCAGCGAAGAGCCAAUAAUAAAACCAGAAAUAAUCAAGAAAAUGCCUUCGAAACGAGUCACCAUUUCUGAUAUAGUAGGUCCUAUUGAAGAAUUUCCUAAGAGCCAUAGCCAGGCCACAGUUUCUUCUGACAGCUGUAUGAAAAAUCCCAGUGCUGCAAACUCAGAAAAACUGAAGUAUAGUCAAGAAUUAAUGAAGAGGACUAUCUCAAGGAGUAAAUCUAGGGGACAAGAUUUUUUUUCUAUUACGGGGAAAAGACUGCAGACUGCAGCUGUUUCUAGUAUAACUGCCCCACUUCUUAUUAACCUUUCUUUCCCCCUUCUGUUCUAGGGAUCCUAAAGAAUGUCAGUAAGCCAAGGUAGUUUUUUACUACUAGCAUUAAAAACGGACCUCUGUACAUCUGAUAUGAAAAGGAAGCAAACGAACUGAAGACACUGAGCAAAAGAAGAGAACAACAUGUUCAGAUGGGGAUUAGAAAUCUAGAAACUGUAGAAUUGUUCCAUUCUAAUAUAAUAAAAAUAAACAUGGUUAAAACAGUA